AUAGACUUCUUCAUCAGCGCUGCGAAACAGACUAUUGCAGCCAGGAAGGCGGGGCAUAAACGCGGAGACUUUCUGGACCUGAUGCUGGAGGUGCUGAAUGACUCCGACAAUCCGGACAGUAAACACGUGUUGAGCGACACGAGUCUGGUGGCCCAAUGCGUGCUGUUCAUCAUCGCCGGUUACGACACCACCGCCUCCUUGUUGGCCUCUUCCUCCUUCCUGCUGGCUAAAAACAAGGACGAACAGAAGCGCCUCCGAGACGAGGUGCGGCAGAUCGUGGCCGAGCACGGCGACCUCACCUACCACGGCAUCAUGGAGAACAAGCUGCUCGACGCUUGUCUACAAGAAACUCUUCGUCUUUACCCACCGGCUACAGUGUUGGAACGUUCGUGCACCAAAACUUAUACGUUGCCUGGUACUGACCUGACCCUCGAGCCCGGUGACCUGGUGCAAGUGCCAGUCUGGGGCAUCCACCACGACUCCCGCUACUGGCCAGACCCCGAUACGUUCAUUCCAGAUCGCUUCCUGCCUGAGAACAAGAGCAACAUACAGCCCUUCACCCACAUCCCCUUCGGAAUAGGGCCCAGGAACUGUUUAGCGAUGCGGUUUGCCCUGAUGGAGGCCAAAGUGGCGCUGGCCAAGUUGCUGCUGGAGGCCGAGCUGGAGCCGGCGCAGGGCCACGAAAACCUUGUUGUGACAAGUGCAGGAGGCCUACUGCGUCCAAAAGAUGGAGUGAAGUUGCUGUUGAAGCCAGUCAAGGAAGAGUAAAUCACAACAUGAGCAUUUUGCGAGAUAGGAAUUGGAACACUACUACUACCACAUUAGGCCUUCACAUAUACUACUGCAAGCCUAAUAAAAGCUCAUAAAGAAUCAUG